UGCUUAAGGAUUAAAAAUAGAUUUUAAGAUAUGAUUGCCCACAACGACCCGAUCAUAUGUAUAAAAGGAGACUGGUUUUGAAUUGUUUAUGCCACUGCUCUUACGUUAGUUUGAACUAAGUGUUCAGAGACACAGCGAUAAAAGGAGGCGUUUACAGUCAAUUCUACGAACAAUGACGCAGUACAUUUGCAUGAUGAUUUUGAUGAUGCCAUUCGGUGUCAACUGUGAGGCCAACCAGUGUCAAAGACGGCAGCGUUGGUCACCAAGCGGGCUAAACCGAACCGAUCUGCUGUGUUGUACAGACGAUUGUGAUAGUAAUGAGGAUUAUUCAACAGCACUAGGGUACCCUGGGUUCGAACAUUGCUGCACAUGCAAUUCGCAGACAGAGUGGUCUGGCCAAGAGAAAGCAUUGCUUAUCGAGUACAUCAGUGCAUCGGGGAAAUCCCUUGUUGUUGAUCCCGAUAUAUCCCGAUUUAAUGACAGCAAUUUAUACAAGAUCGAACAUCUUUAUGGUGUUAUGACAGAGAUCCCGAGUGAUGUUUGUGAUUGGGACAAGGAUCCACGGCUUAAAGUGUUUUCACCGCAUGCUAACGAAUCCAUAAAGUACUGGCUCCACAUCGUUCAAAUUGAUUUCAGAUCGAACAAAAUUCGGAAAGUCGAAAGCUUACACUUCAAAAAUACAACGAUCAAUCUACUAACCCAGUUAAGACAUCUUGAUGUGUCAUAUAAUCAAAUCGUAAGCAUGGACCCUGCUUGUAUAUCACAGCCUACUCAAAAUUUAUUUUUUGCGAAUUUUUCACACAACAAACUGAGAGAGUUGGAUAUCACAAAUGCUUUUACUGUGAAUUUGAUUUGCCGCGUCAACUACACGAGUAAUAUCAUUGAAAAUUUCGUAAAUGCACUGGGGUUUACCUUGGAUAAAAACAAAACAUAUGGACCGGGAUAUGUAAGCUUCCAUCAAAACAAAAUCGAGAGAUUUCCAGAUUUAACUUCUUUAUUAGGCCUUUCAAGUCUCGCUGAGUUCGGACAACUAUUCUCGUUUGAGUUCGAUUUCGAUGACUAUCAACUGAAUUGUGACUGCUAUCUCGAGCCGAUUUUAAGAAUGGGACAGGAGCUAAAGGAUGUUUUAUGGCGGAAUUAUUUUAACAUCUAUUGUGCGAAUCCACCAAGUUUCAAGAAUAAAAAGGUGCACAGCCUAAACUGAUAUGAUCUUGUUUGUAACCUCACGCGAGAGGCAAACUGUCCACAGGAAUGUACUUGCAUUGACAGACCGAACACAAACACAUUAUAUGUUAAUUGCACAAACUUGAAGGAGUUGCCAGCAUUUCUACCUAAUUCGACAUUAACUCGUUUCAUUUCAUUAAUAUUACCCAACAAUGAAAUAAAGGUGUUGUCAAAUGCGCCAUAUUUAUCAAAAAUAUCGUUUCUCGACAUUGCAAAUAACCAUUUGGAACAAAUAGAUGAUGGUGUGAUAGCUGUUCUGGAGAACGCAACACUUAACUUAUCGAAUAACGUACGGCUUGCACAAUUACCACAACACGUGCAGCAUAGAAAUCUUUUUAUCACAGAUAUGGAAGGCUUGCAGUUAACCUGCGGAUGUCAAGAACUUUGGAUUGAAAAGUGGCUGAAAGUGAAGAGAUGCGUUAAUGAGAAACUUUUCAAAUGCGCCGUACCAGACCAUGGAAUCAUAGAAGCCCGAAAUUUUUCAAGUUCCUUGUUAGACUGCAAACCAUAUUCGUCGAUCGUCACUGUAUUGGUUAUGUCUGCUUUUUUGGCAGCCUUGAUCAUAUGUGGAUUCCUAACUUCUUUGCUAAGAUAUGAAACUCUCAUAAUAUUUCUGAAAAUUAGACAAAUAAACCCCGAUAAAUCAGAAACUGCUAAGAGAUUUCAGCAUGACGUAGCACUUACGUUUAACGAAGAAGAUGAUAUACUUCGGGAUUGGAUUUUAAAAGUUCUUCUACCUAAUUUAGAAGAUAAUAACUAUCGAGUUUUCCUUCCCUCCCGAGACAUACCAUUUGGCAGUAAACGAGACAAUAUCAUUAUGAAAACAUUUGCAAAGACCAGAUCCUUUUUAGUAGUACUAUCAGAAAAAUAUCUUAACCAAACGGAAAAUCAGAGCAGCCGAUUGUGGACAGAGAACGAAUGGAAAUGCGCCUGGAACCAGUUUAAAGACGACAGAAUGAAAACGCUGAUCAUUAUCAACUACGGUCACCUGGCACCUUCGGACGUAUCACUCGCACAGAUUGCAGCAUUUCUUCGGGUCGGACAUACCGUUGAGUUCGGUAACCACGACGCUCAAAUCAUGCACGAUAUUUAUGACAAACUGGGGCCAGCACCAAACCAGCCAGAACGCAGAGACAUCGUUAAAAAUAUUAAAUAUAAAGCAAGGAAUAGACAAUUCAAUGGGUAUCCUAAAGUGUACCCCGAAAAUAGUGACAUCGAUAUGAGCAAACUCUUUGAUGUUGAUAGUUUAUUCCGUGUUGAAAAGACUUUAAUAGAAAAUACACUGGGCAUGUCAUUUAAAUACUUGUGUUCUGAGACUAACUUUUCAAAUGCACGUUGCAUUUCAAAGCAGAUUACUUAUUCGUAUCCUUGUAGAACCUUGGUUAAAAAGGUAAAAUAAACUUCUUCAUCAAUGAAGGAAUAUUCAGAGUUAUAUAUUUUGUAAAUGUAUUAUGUAC